CGCUUGCAGCGGUUGUCUGAUGUGUCCCUCGCGCAGCUGUGAAGUUUUAGCACGCGCAUCUGUUGACGGCGAAAGAAGCUUAGAUCCCAGCAGAGCAGCACCGAAACCCCGCCGGUAGAGACCAUGGCUGAAACCGCCGCCAAACCUGCAGCCUGUACCGCCAACGGCGAAGCGACGAAGACCAGAAAGGUCGCCAUCAUCACCGGCAUCACUGGGCAGGAUGGCUCGUACUUGGCAGAGUUUCUGCUGGAGAAAGGCUACGAGGUUCACGGUAUCCUCCGCAGGUCCAGUUCCUUUAACACUGGCCGAAUUGAGCACCUUUACCAUAACCCUCAGACACACACUGAAGGAAGAAGUCGCUCUUCAGCAGGAUACAUGAAGUUGCACUAUGGAGACCUGACGGACAGCACUUGCCUGGUAAAAAUUAUCAAUGAAGUGAAACCCACAGAAAUCUACAACCUGGGAGCACAGAGCCACGUCAAGAUCUCUUUUGACCUGGCAGAGUACACUGCUGACGUUGACGGCGUGGGCACGUUGCGUUUGCUGGACGCAAUAAAGACUUGUGGGUUAACUGACAGCGUGAGGUUUUACCAGGCCUCAACCAGUGAGCUGUACGGCAAAGUGCAGGAGAUUCCACAGAAAGAGACCACUCCCUUCUACCCUCGCUCGCCUUAUGGUGCUGCUAAACUCUAUGCAUACUGGAUAGUGGUGAACUUCAGGGAGGCGUAUAAUCUGUUUGCUGUGAAUGGAAUUCUUUUCAAUCAUGAGAGCCCUCGAAGAGGUGCCAACUUUGUGACACGGAAAAUCAGUCGUUCAGUGGCAAAGAUCCACCUCGGCCAAUUGCAGUGCUUCAGCCUGGGUAAUCUAGACUCCAAGAGAGACUGGGGCCAUGCCAGAGACUACGUGGAGGCCAUGUGGCUGAUGUUGCAGCAGAAGGACCCAGAGGAUUUCGUCAUAGCUACCGGAGAGGUACACAGCGUGAGGGAGUUUGUGGAGAAGGCCUUUAAACACGUGGGCAAGACCAUUGUGUGGGAGGGGAAAAAUGAGAAUGAGGUGGGCCGGUGUCAGGAGACAGGUGCUAUCCAUGUGAGAGUGGACCCAAAGUACUACCGUCCCACUGAAGUGGACUUUCUCCAGGGUGACAGCACUAAAGCUCUGAAAAUACUUGGGUGGAAGCCAAAAGUGACAUUUGAGGACCUGGUUAAGGAGAUGGUGGACGCAGAUAUUGAGCUCAUGAAGACCAACCCAAAUGCAUGAGCCCACAUGCCAUAGCAGCACAUCAACAUGCCGAGGAAGAGUGUGUGCGUGUGUGUGUGAGUGUGUGUGAAUGAGUGUGUGUGUGAGUGAGUGAGAUUCUGAUGCAUGAAAGAGCACGCUUAAGUAUCUUUCUUUACAAGCACUCCGUCCUUCUGCCUGCAGUUCCUUCAGAUACAGGAAGACUCAGUGCGGCCUUUUACAUUCCAUUCUCUUUACACUGGUAUAUUUCUAAUCAUGAUUGUAUCGGAAUUUUUUAGCCUUUUUUCUGUUGAAAUUAUUUUUAUCCGGGUUUUUAUAAGGUUUAUAUUUUACUGUCAUUAUGAUUAUGAGGCUCUAUAGGUAAUAUUUAAUUAAAUUAUAGAUUUUUCGCAGAAAUAGAGGGAUGGUUCUCUAGAUUGAAAGAGUUUUGACUGAGAUUGUGUAAUUUAGUCUGAGAAGAGUCAUAAUGUAUCCUGAAAAUCGUCCUUAAAAAAAAAAAAAAUAUAU